UACACGGUCAAUAAAACUGACAGUAGGUAUUGAUAAAAGUACUGAAGGUGCCCUUCUUCAGUAUUUUCUGUGAUUACACGAUCAUUAUUACUGAAAGUAUUACUGAUGUUCGUUUAAUUCACACGGUCAUUAUUACUGUCAAUAUUAUUCGUCAGUUCCCGCUUUCCAUCCUUUAGUAGAUAACUUAACAUGGAUAGAGCCUGUUUGGCAAUAGUUAUAGCUUCUGCUGUUGUAAAAAAAAGAAAAAAAAGAAGAAUAUGGGUUAAGGAUUGGCUGUUGGAAAGAGACAGGUACACCCAUUUAAACCUAUUGAAUGAAAUAGUAGUUAAAAAUCCUGCAGAUUUCAAAAAUUAUUUUCGAAUGAGUGAAACAACGUUUUUAACUUUAUUGGACAUGGUUUCACCUCAUAUUAAAAAGCAAGACACUAAUAUGAGACAAAGUAUCAGUCCAAAAGAGCGACUCGCUGUUACUUUGCGAUACCUGGCGACAGGAAGAAAUUUUGCUGACCUCAAGUUCUCAGCAUUGAUUUCCCCAGCAGCAAUUAGUUCAAUGAUAAUUGAAACAUGUGAAACUCUCAUCUAUGUGCUUCGAGAUUAUAUCAAGCUUCCCUUAACAGAAGAGGAAUGGUUAUUAACUGCAGCAGAAUUCAGCAAGAACUGCCACUUUCCUACUUGUCUCGGAGCUCUUGAUGGAAAGCAUAUCGCCAUAAAAAAACCGGCUAAUACCUCCUCUCUGUAUUAUAAUUAUAAAGGACACUUUAGCAUUGUUUUAAUGGCAUUGGUCAAUGCAAAUAAGGAAUUUAUAAUGGUGGAUGUAGGAGCUAAUGGUAGGAUCUCCGACGGUGGGGUCCUCUUUUAUACAAAAUUUUGGGAUUUGUUUCUAAAAAAGCAAUUGCAUAUUCCACCUCCCACAAAGUUACCAGGUUCAGAGGAUUAUUUUCCUUACGUUUUUGUGGCAGAUGAGGCCUUUGCUUUGCAUUGCAACCUUAUGAAACCAUACCCUCAAAAAAAAUGUACAAAGGAGCAAGAUACUUUCAAUAAACGACUGUCCACAGCUCGAUGUGUAGUCGAAAAUGCCUUUGGCAUUCUCGCAUCAAGAUUUGUGCACAAAACGAAAUUGAAAGCAUAG